AUGUUCACUACAAUGGAUGUAUAUGAUGCUGCUUUAUCCAUUGGCCGUGAAUGUCAAUUGAUUGUGGACGAAUAUGGCGACGACUUGUUACAGAAUCUUAUGCCAAAAAUAAUCUACAUUUUGGAAGAAUUAGAAAGCUGUACCAGUUACUGUGACAAAGAAAAGGAGGAGAUCGCACGUCUUCAGAAACUUGCAGAUGAGCUUCGUGAGGAACAAAAAUCAGAUUUAUUGCUGAAAGAUAAAUGCGAUAAGAGUUUAGAACAACUUGAACAAAGCUGGUAUUGUGAAAGUCAAAAGUUAUUAGACACAAUAUCUCAAUUAGAAGAAGAAAAUGUUCGUUUAACGCAUCAGUUAAUUUCAUCGUGUGAUAAAGAAGUUAGAGGAAAGGAGAAACACGCAGAAACAGAAGAAAUGGAAGAAGAAGAAAAGUCCAAGAUUUUGAAUAAAUGUUUAAGAUGCUGUGAUCCUGAUGAAUGCAAUUCAUCACACCCAAAAGUAGGCGCUUUUUUAUUAGCCAAAGCAAAAUUGGCUCCUGAAGGGGGUGGUGUUCCAACUUCAUAUGAUUUUGAUAAAUUCCACACUCAGCUGAAAAAUAAGUCAACUGAAGCAGAAGAAGAAGAAAUAUCUAAUAUGAUGUCUAGCUUAUUGUUAGAAACUGAAGAAAGGAUACAAUUAACAGAUAAAGAGAAUCGUGCUGCUGAUCUUCAGUUAAUUCAACAAUUGAAAGAAUGCGUAGCAAUUAAUUACAAGUCAGCUCGAAAACUUCGUCGUGAAUUAGCCGAAGUGAGCGCCUCAUUAGAUGCUUCAGAAGAAGAAGUUUGCCGGUUAGCUCGUCAAAGUGGUCAUUUGAUGGCAUCUCGCGCUCCGCACAGACGUCAAACUGGUCAACUUGUGUCUGAGAAAGCUACACUUGAAGCACAAUUAUGCCUAAAAGAAAGAGAAUUGGCUAAUUUGCUUGGGAAACUGUCAUCUGAUGAUGUUGCACGUGUUCAUGGUUGUGGAGCAGGGCCUGAUGCUUGUGAAUCAGUGGUACAUUUAUCAGUUGGACAAGGAUUAGAAUCUUACCCCCAUGUUUAUACAUCAACUAAAAUGGAAGGUGAAUCAAGUAAUGAAAAUAUCUCUUUAGAAGAAUUACGCUAUCUACUGCAUGAAAGAAAUGAACUAAAAUGUAGAUUAAUUGAACUGGAAGAAGAAUUAAAAGUAUUAGAGUUCGAGAAUCAAAAAGAUCCAGAUGUAGAAGGACCUAUGUGGCCAGAACCACCUGAUAAACUACGUCCUGAUUGGCACCAACGUCCAAAUAUUAAAACUGUCUUUCGAAAUCUUCUACAACGAUUAACUGAGCGUACAACAAGUAUAAUAUCAUGA